GUACAUCACCCAGCUCCACUCCACAGUCUCACUCAUUUCUCAUUUUAAUUUUAUUUACCUCUUUUGAUCUCAUCUUCCUUCUCUUCAACACACAGAUAGAUCUCUUCCAAAACUAUAUCGUCUAGCAAACAUCCUAUUUUACACAACAGCAAGGAAAAUAAAAGUAAAAUAGUAACUAAAGUUUCUGCUAUUUUAGAAUCAAAUUUCCAACACAAUGGGACUUCUCGACAAACUAUGGGAUGAAACUCUAGCUGGUCCAACGCCGGACUCCGGCCUCGGCAAACUUCGCAAAUACAACUCCUUCUCCGCCAGAUCUAGCGCCGCACCGCCGCCGGAUCCGGUGCCUCCGCCCCCGAUCAACAAGAUUUCUCCGAGCAUCCCCGUCCCUGGAAGCGGAAUUAAUAAUUAUCGUAAUCUUACAGUUUCCGUGGAUCCGCCGUCGCUUCCGUCGUCGCCGUCGUGCUCCAGCACUCCGACCUCGCCCUUUACGCCAAAUACACCUGGGGCUGCGGGGAAUUUUAAGAAGUUGACGAGGAGAAAAUCGGCAACCGCUGCUGUGCCAAACUCUGUGGCCAAGUCUCCAACUGGUUAUGAUUGGAUUGUGCUGAGUGCUUUGGAUCGUUAAAUAUGAGCAUGUUGAUGCUGAUCCUUUGGUGGCGUGGCGGCUUUGUGGAUAAGAUCGAUUCAAAUCGAUCUUUUGCGGGAGAGUUUGUCGGAUCACACACGCCAUGUUUUCCUAAGAUAUCCCUUUUGUGUGCAUAUUACCCAAUAAAAUGGUUUUCUUGCUUAACUUAAACUCCUGGAUUAUUCAAACUUUUUGUUUAAGUUUAAACUCAAAUAGUACUACUACAGUUUACUGUUCAAUAGAUGUGGAUGAUGGUGCAGUUGUACAUCUUUUGGUUAAGUGAUUAAUUAUAUUAAGUUAGCUUUGCACA